AUGUCCUCGCUCAACACGUCGAGCAAUGGCCCAAACAUAAAACGAAGCUACGAAAACGUCGUCAAUUCGCCUCCUCCGUCUGGCGCUCAGGCAAAUUCGCCCACCUUUGGCCAGUGGGCCGUCUUUACUGUUGCUGCUCCCCUCGUCAGCGCCUUCCAGAACGAUGGCGGGAAGGAGAGCGUUUUGAAAGUGCAGACGACCGGCGAGGGCGAGCUUGCCGAUCUGAUAGACGAAUUCUCGGACGGGCGCAUCCAGUUCGCAUUUGUCAAAGUCAAGGACCCAAACACGUCACUCCCCAAGAAUGUCCUGAUUGCCUGGUGCGGCGAGGGCGUACCUGAGCGUACCAAAGGCUAUUUCGGAAGCCAUCUAGGUGUUGUUUCGAAACUGCUCCACGGAUAUCACGUCCAAGUCACCGCACGGUCGGAUGCUGACCUCACCCCCGAACGUAUCGUGCAAAAAGUCUCUGAAGCUUCCGGCGCAAACUACUCCGGUGCUCCGAGCAUCCCUUCUUCCAAUAAGCCUCCGCCAGUUGCCGCGAAGAAACCCGUCUUCACGCCUACGCAGAUAGGUGGUGGGGGCGGCGGCUUCAAUCCGCUAGCACGAUCACGAGUAGCACCUAAGCAGGAUACUGACGCUGAUGGCUGGGGUGCAGACGCUCCAGAGGUUACCCGUUCACAGCUUGAAAAGGUGGAAUCUGCCUAUAAGCCCACCAAGGUCAACUUGGCUGAGCUCACCUCGAAAAGGGAACCUUCGCGAUACCAGGCCCCGGAACCUCAAGCUACCGCGUCAGAUGUUGUUAAGGGUGGCUACCAACCCAUUGGCAAGGUGGACAUUGCCGCACUCCGCGCCCAAGCGAAGUCAUCUGCACAGGACGAUAGACCUACUGUGGUCAAGGGCGCAUACGAGCCAACUGGCAAGGUCGAUAUCGCAGCUAUCCGGGCCAAGGCGCAGGCGCCACCGCCCUCGUCCAAUUUUGCACCCGCGGCGACCGGUACUUCAGCCCGCGGCGACGAGAACGAGGAGUCUCCCAAGUCUCUAGCAGAGCGAUCUGCCGCUUUCAAGCAGCCCGAGCGGCUCACGAGCCUACCGAAACCUAAAGUUGCAAACAAAUUUGGGGGUGCAAGCGCAUUCACUGGCACAAAGGCUCCCACCCCCAGCGAAUUUGGUGUCAAGCCUACCAUCCAGGCGACUGCGCCAAUUGGCGCCGCCAGCAAGACCUUUGCAGACCAGGGAGGGAAGACGCCCGCACAAUUAUGGGCAGAGAAGAAGGCUGCGCAGGGCCAGUCAGUCAAGUCUUUCGCUGGCAGUGAAGGUGUCACGUCCCCCGUUCAAGCCCAGAAGAGUGGCGGUUGGCAGAGCGGCUACACGGGCAAAUCCUGGGCGCCAGUACAGACGACUCGCACCGGCCAAUCUGCAACAAGCAACCUCAGCGAGCAGCGUACCGGGGGAGAACCGCAGCAACAGGAAGAGCCUUCUUCUCCAGCUGGAGGCGUCGGCGCCCUCAAGGAUCGCUUUGCGGGUGCUGCUCCUAUGGGCGCUCCUACCAGCCGUCCCAUACCUGAGCCUAGCCCACCAGCAUUGGACAACUUGAGCAAGCCGAAUGCGGGCGCACGAGGCGUCCCCAUGCCAGGCCUACCCAGCCGUCCUGCAGAACCGGAAGAGGAAGAAGAGGAUGUGCCCGCAGUCCAGCAUCAACGCGUUCCCUCACCUCCACCCCAACCUCCACGUAGCCCUUCGCCGGAGCCUUCUGGUUCGCCUGUGCGCAUAGCAAUGCCUGUCGGCCGCGGCGCAGCCCCCGCCGAGCUUUCACCCGCCGAAGAGCAGCCUCCGCCCAUGCCUACGCGCGGGCUCAGUCAAGCUGCCAAGCAGCACCGUGACCUCUCCCCAGAGCCGCAAGUGGAGUCGCAUGAUCCCGCACGAGGUGCUGGCGCUGCGGUCGCUGCAGCCACUUUUGGAUCUGGUGCUGUCGCUGGUGCUGCGAUCGGUGCAGCAGCUGGUGCAGCAGCUGGCGGAGGCAGCGGUGGCAAGCGUGCUGUUGCCCAGUACGACUAUGAGAAAGCAGAAGACAAUGAGCUCGAACUGGCUGAAGGCGAGCUAGUCACCGACAUAGACAUGGUAGACGAUGACUGGUGGAUGGGCACCAACUCGCGCGGUGAACAAGGUCUCUUCCCAUCCAACUAUGUCGAGCUGGUCGAAGACGAUGGCGAGGAUGACGCUGGCGCCGGCGCACCUCCACCGCUGCCUACGCAUCCUGCUGCUGAGGAAGAGCCACCGGCAGGCCCACCACAGCCUGCUGGUGCUGGCGGUCCCACUGCUACCGCUCUUUACGACUACGAAGCCGCAGAAGAAAAUGAGCUUAGCUUCCCCGAAGAUGCCACAGUCACCAACAUCGAAUUCCCCGACGAAGAUUGGUGGCUCGGUUCUUACGGUGGCAAGUCAGGUCUAUUUCCUGCCAACUAUGUGCAGCUCAACGAAUAG